CACACUCACUGACACAUACAGACACUCAGACACACUCACUGACACAUGAGACGCGUCCCCACACACUAAACACGAACCUGAAGUCAAUAGCCAGUUGCAACUCGCCCCAAAUGAGCCUUAAAACACUUCAACAGCGACCCAUACCACGCACUCUUGGACCCCGAGUUGGGGUGCCGCGUCAAUGAUUACUUUGGACACCAAACAUCAGAACCGCGCUGACCUGGCAGGGGUCUGUGUCCUGAACUUCUCCGCGAGUCUCCCUCCGUCCCGCUGUCUAACUCUCUGUCCCCACGUCUCUGUCUCCUUGUGUCCCACUGUCUCUCUGUGCCACUGUCCCCCCGUGUCCCCCGUGUCUCCCUCCUCGCCUCUCUGUACCCGGCUCUGUCUCCCCGUGUCCUCUCCCAGCAGGGGAGAGCGCCUCCACUCCCCGUGAAUCUCGGAUAAGCCGAGACCCCUACAAGCCCCCCCCCCCCCCACCUGCGUGGACCCCCCCUCCACCCCAGACCCCCACUCCCCCCAGCCCCCCACUCCCCCCAGCCCCCCCAGCCCCCCGUGAUGGAGGCGCGCGUGCUCGUGGGGACUUUUGUGCACGCCACGCGCCAGGAGCCGCUCCUCGUGCUGCGCGCGCACGCGCUCGGGGUGGCGCGAGACGGGAAGAUCGCCUUCGUUGUGCCGGAGACGCAGCUGCAGGAGACGCUGCAGCGACACGACUGGAGCGGCGUGUCCAUCCGGCGGCUGUCUCACCGGCAGUUCGUGAUGCCGGGGCUGGUGGACACUCACAUCCACGCGUCGCAAUACUCCUUCGCGGGCACGGCCGUGGGCCUGCCCCUGCUCGAGUGGCUGCAGCGCUACACCUUCAACGUGGAGGCCAAGUUCCACGACCUGGAGUUCGCCGGGGACGUCUACACCAGGGUCGUGAGGAGGACUCUGAAAAAUGGCACCACCACCGCGUGCUAUUUCGGAACGAUUCACACGGACGCCACUCUGCUGCUGUGCGACAUUGCGGACCGGGCGGGCCAGCGCGCGAUGGUGGGCAAGGUGUGCAUGGACCACAACGAGGCGGUCCCCGCCUACAAAGAGACCAGCGACGAGGCCGUGCGGGACACCGAGAGGUUCAUAAUGGCCGUCAAGGACAUGAAGUACGAGCGCGUGCACCCCGUGGUGACGCCGCGCUUCGCCCUCUCGUGCACGCGCGAGACGAUGCGCGCGCUCGGGGAGACGGCGCGCGGCACGGGCACCCGCAUACAGAGUCACAUCAGUGAGUCCCUCGAGGAGGUGGAGCUGGUGAGGACUCUCUUCCCCGAGUCCGAGAACUACACGGAGGUGUACCGGAGCAGCGGCCUCCUCACAGACAAGACGGUGAUGGCGCACGGAGUCCACCUGGGCGAGGUGGAGCUGCGCCUGUUCCAUGAGGCGGGAGCCAGCAUCUCGCACUGUCCCCUCUCCAAUGCCGCGUUGUGUAGCGGCACGAUGGACGCGCAGGCGGUGCUGAGUCACGGGGUGAAGCUGGGCCUGGGCACAGACGUGGCUGGCGGCUACUCGGCGAGCAUGCUCACCGCGGUGCGCCACGCCGUGCUCGCCGCUCACCACGUGGGUCUCGCCGCUCACCGCGACGUCAAGGACCAGACCCUGGGCUACAGGGAGGCCUUCCGUCUCGCCACGCUGGGGGGCAGCCAGGUGCUGGGGCUGGAGGAGGUCACGGGGAACCUGGAGGUCGGCAAGGAGCUGGACGCGCUGCUCGUGGACACUGAGGCGCCCGGAUCUCCCAUCGACAUCUUCCCCGACGACUCGUGGGAGGACAUCAUCCAGAAGUUCCUAUUCCUUGGUGACGACAGGAACAUCUUGGAGGUGUACGUGGCCGGACGGGACGUGACCCCCCGUGAUGAACCCGUGACCUCCCCGUGAAGACGCACGACCGCCGGUCGACCCCCCUGUGAUCACCCUCUGAAGACCCGUGACGACCCAUGAGUGAUUACCCGUGCCCAACUGUGACCUCCCAUUAAGUCAUAAUCCCAAGUGAUCACCCCGUGACCUCCCCGUGAUCACGUGACCUCCCGUCACCGUUCUUGACUCCACGUUUGGCCCCCUUUGAGUGACUCACAUCCUGACAUCACACGACAUCAUCACAAUCGGAACCACUUCCAUCACCCCAUUACAGACAUCCUCUCACGAUGACGCGUGUGUUACAUUUGAAGUGUGUACGUGUGUGGGCAAGUUGCAAAUGGCACAUAAUUAACCAGUGACCUCGGUCCCCUGCAGGCAGAAUGACUCCUGGAGGUCAACAGGGUUAUAAGACGGUGAUUGGUCAAUCCCAGGACCUUGGUAGGAAUUAUUUGGGCGAAGCCGCGUAGGCAUCCGGCCGGAUUUGUGUCGCAAUGCCCUCCACCAUUUGACGCAGCCUUGUGACAGAAAUUCCCGCACAACGUUCACCGCGUGACCGAACCAACAAAAUCAACGCUCACUGCCAAAGCCCACGAGUUCAAAUUAACGUAUUUGAUCAACCCCCCCCCCCCUAAUGAGUACAAUUAUAUUGAUAACAAUGAUUGUUAAUUAGAAAUGAUGUCAUUGAUUUUAGUCGGGUGGGGGUGGUGGCUAUGCGCGUCGGCUGUAAUCCAGCACCGCGGAGGCCGCAAGGGUUGGUGGAUCACCGCAAGGAUGUCGCGAAACUCCUCUCUCUCAUGGGCGUCGAGCUGUAUCCUGGCUCGCGAGGAGGCAGCGGUGCCGCCCAACGCGGACUCCACCUGUUCCGUGCGGGAUAGAGCGUUUCCCCCCUGCAGGCGUGGGGUUACUCCGUGUGCUUCGGUUUCCUCCCGCAUGUUAACACUCAUUAGCUGGCCAAUAACUCACUAAUAGAGGGCCGCAGAGCUUGGGCAGUUGCUGAUAUUGCUGGCUUACCGCGUGGGCUGCCUUCCCGCGCGUCUCUGGUUCCUCGUGGCACCUACUCGCCGCCCCGUCUCUCUCGACACGAGAGCGAGCGAACGCUGUGUGGUGGCGGCGCUCAUUACAAGUCGACAUCAAAGCGUCCUUGUUUUGGUGAAACUGGAUUUGACCACCACCAAGUGAGUCGUAUCCUCGGAGAAGAGUUUUCAAUCAGUGCGUGCCACCCUCUGGGACAGACGGAUCGAAAUCGAGGGACAAUGGCUGCUUAUGAAUUAAGAUAAUGCUGAUGAUGAUAAAAGACAAUGAAAAAUAAAGGUGGUGGUGGUGCUAUUGA